UGACACAGCCCUGCUAAAGCUAACAGACCCAGCCCCCUCCAUCUGUGUCUGACUGUGCAGGAGAAACUCCACCAACAGUCUGCCAGCAGCUUUGCUUGGAGAACUGCUCUGCUACUCUCUGCAACCUUCUCAACAUCCAAUCAUCAUGGUGACCCAUAAGGAGUUUGAGGCAGCAGGGAAGGAGCCCGGUCUGAUGAUCUGGCGCAUUGAGAACAUGGACCUGAAGCCUGUUCCCAAGAACGUCUACGGCAGCUUCUACACCGGUGACGCCUACCUGCUGCUGUACACCACCAAAGCCCCCUCCUACUGCAUCCACAUGUGGCUGGGGGACGAAUGUUCUCAGGACGAAAGUGGAGUAGCUGCCAUCUUUUCCUCCCAGCUGGACGACUACUUCGGCGGGAAACCAGUGCAGUUCCGUGAGGUCCAGAAUAACGAGUCCCUCACUUUCUUGGGCUACUUUAAAUCAGGGAUCCAGUAUAAGAAAGGUGGUGUUGCCUCAGGGUUCCAUCAUGUAGUCACCAAUGAGGCCAAUGUGAAGCGUUUGUUGCACGUUAAGGGCAGGAGGGUCAUCAGAGCCACUGAAGUGGACUUUUCCUGGGCCAGCUUCAACAAAGGAGACUGCUUCAUCAUAGAUCUGGGCAAGGACAUCUUUCAUUGGAGAGGCAGCGAGUGUAACCGCUUUGAGACGGUGAAGGCCUCUCAGGUGGCCAUCGAUAUCCGUGACAACGAAAGGAGCGGCAGAGCCAAGCUGCACAUGGUGGAGGAGGGGGCGGAGCCACAGGAGAUUAUUAAUGUUCUGGGCCCCAUAACCGCCAUCGCCCCAGCCACACCAGACGAUGAGAAGGUGGACACAUCCAACAAGAAGAAGGGGGUGCUGUACAUGAUAUCUGAUGCCACCGGCUCCAUGAAGACGUCUGUGGUGGCCCAAUCGAGCCCAUUCAAACAGGCCAUGCUGUCGCCUGAUGAGUGCUACAUCCUGGACAACGGCGGGGAUAACAACGUGUUUGUUUGGAAAGGUCCAAAUGCCAGCGUGGGAGAGCGCAAAGCAGCCAUGAAGGUCGCUCAGGAUUUCAUCAAAGAGAAGAAUUACUCCAGUAAAACGCAGAUCCAGGUGAUACCAGGAGGGGGCGAAACCACUCUGUUCAAGCAGUUCUUCUCUGACUGGAAGGAUAAGGACCAGACCACGGGCCCAAGCAAGGCUUACACCAUCGGCCAAAUCGCAGUGGUGAAGCAGAUCCCCUUCGACGCCUCCACCCUGCACUCCAACAAGGCCAUGGCCGCCCAGCACAACAUGGUGGACAAUGGAUCUGGAAAAGUUCAGAUCUGGCGUGUGGAGGAAGGAGAGCGCGUCCCAGUUGACCCCGCCUCUUACGGUCAGUUUUACGGAGGAGACUGUUACAUCAUUCUGUACAGCUACAAACAGGGCAGCCGAGAGCAGCACCUCAUCUACACAUGGCAGGGCUUGAAGAGCACACAGGACGAGCUCGCUGCCUCUGCCUUCCUCACCGUCCAGCUGGACGACUCCAUGGGUGGAGCUCCUGUCCAGGUGCGUGUGACCCAGGGCCAAGAACCCCCCCACCUGAUGAGCAUAUUUAAGGGGAAGCCCAUGAUCAUCCACAGCGGAGGAACGUCUCGCAAAGGUGGCCAGACCCAGGCGGGCAGCACACGGCUCUUCCACGUCCGCACCAGCACCGCCAAGGCCACCAGGGCCGUAGAGGUGCAACCUUCUGCGUCCAAGCUAAACACCAACGAUGUGUUUGUGCUGAAGACACCCGACUCACUGUUUGUGUGGAAGGGUGUGGGGGCCAGUGCAGAGGAACUGGACGCUGCUAAGCAUGUGGUCACCUUCCUGGGAGGGAAGCCCACCGAUGUGGCGGAAGGCAAAGAGCCAGCGGGAUUCUGGACGGCUUUGGGAGGAAAGAAGGAGUAUCAGAGCUCCAAAACUCUGCAGAAAACCAUCAAACCACCGCGGCUGUUCGGCUGCUCCAACAAGACCGGCCGGCUAGUGGUUGAGGAGGUGCCUGGAGACUUUACCCAGUUAGACCUGGCCACUGAUGAUGUCAUGCUGCUGGACACUUGGGAUCAGAUCUUCCUCUGGAUCGGCAAAGACGCCAAUGAGGUAGAAAAGACCGGCGCACCAAAAUUAGCUAAAGAGUAUGUGGACUCCGACCCCUCUGGGCGACGUGAUAUUCCCAUCACUACCAUCAAGCAGGGGGCCGAGCCCCCCACCUUUACUGGCUGGUUCCAGGCCUGGGACGCCCAGAUGUGGGACACUGACCCGCUGGAGAGGAUGCGUGCCAAAUUCUAACUCUGAAAUCUCUUCCUACGCUCUUUAUUUUUGUUAAUUUGCACUUAGCGAGCCUGAUGCGCGAACAGUGUCUUUCACAGAUUCCCACACGAUGCCGUGUCACAGAUGAUCACAUCACAGACGGUUCCUUCAGCCAAGGUCAUCUGAACUGAUCUGCUGUCAACUCAUACACAUUUGAACUGUCACUCAGUAAUACUCACCACAUUGCUCAUGGCCUGGUUCCCCAAAAGCACUGAAGAACAAAGAUCACAGUCAGUUCUAUCAGUGAUAAACUACUGCUGACUACUGUUACCUGAGCAAGCAGUCUUUAUAAAUAGGCCUAACAAGUACACUUACCCGUGGCCACAAUUGCAUGAAAAGGGCGUGUCUGUCUGCUGUCUGUCUUUCUAUAAGACGGAACAGUAAGAGAAUUUAAAGUAUACGUUAUCAUGCUAAUUGCCAACUAAUUGUUGCAGAUUCAUCAAGAAGAGACAUUAAAAUGAAUAAUUAUUUUGAAUCAGUGGGUUUAAUCGAUUAAUCAUGACAGCCAGUGAAGAUCAUCUUAACAGUUCUGUGCUUUUAGGAAACUGGCCCUACAUAAACUAGCUGGUUUACUGCUCUGGUGACAUCUGGCCUCAUGACUCGUGGACCAAAGCCAUAAACAAAGACAUGACUGGUCCAGUCAGUGAUUAGAUUGGUCAAUUGCAUCUCCAAAAGAUGUUGAAAGAUGCUUAAAGUAGCGUAAAUCAGGCUCAUUCUUGCCAAAUGACCUUGUGUUUAACCAGAAUUCUUCUGUUUACUUGGUGUUAGUCUUACUUAGAGGUGCGUAUGGACCUGCAUUCAUCCUUCCAGUGUACGGGAUGGGAGCAUUAUGAAGCAUGGAUGAUGUAUUUUUAGGCAAAUGUGCAUUGCAGGCUUCACUAUCUUGUGCUUUUGUUUUGCUUUUAAUAAACUCCCCCAUGUUUAAAGAAAA